CUUGGCCUCGAGCGCAGAUCUUCAACAACACGUCUCUGCGCGCCCAUGUCCUGCUCUGUGCCCUGUCUGCCUGUCCAGAGGACUGCGGUCGCUAUCGUCCCGGGCCCCUUGACGUUACUAUCUGCCACUCCCCUUUGCCCCUUCCUGUUAGAGGAGCCAGCACCAUGUGUGUUCCACAUGCCGAGCUUUGACGCCACCAGCCUCCGUGGUCCGCCCGCCCUCACUGCCUCCAGCGCCUUUUCCCGCUGCUAUGGGCUCCUGUACACUAUGCGCUGAGCGAGACCGAGCGGUAUGAGGGGGGCUAAGUGGCCUCGAAUUGUCGCUCCUCGCCCAUUCUGCUGCACAUUUCCGGUUUCUCUCAACGGAUUUCUUUAUACACCGAUGCAGGGGCGACAAGCCUUUUCCCCCCUCCAUUCACGAGUAUUCGACAAUCAAUAUAUUCCUUGACCUCGCUGGAUCUCGUUGCUGCAUCGUUGCCUCUCAGAAUACUACUAGACCUUUUUUUUGUUCGUUUCAAGCCCACUCGAAACAUCCCCCAUCGACACUCUCAGAGUCACUCAGAGUUGCCGUUGCGUGGCUGUCCCCUCCCACAAUGUCCACCUCCGACAGGCCAGCAAGCCAGCCUCAAGGCGACGAGUCGAGAGGUACCGCGGGCACGACGGGUCCGGUUCAAGACAAGCAUGAUACUGGCGCACAACCGCUGUCCAGUCCACAGACCCCCGUGGCCUCUGGAGCUUCCAAUGGGAAGAGGUCCAUGCUGGACGUUGGUGAUGAGAAGGCCCCGUUCACCUCAGAGCAGACUGUCGUCACCCAAGGAAAGGAUGUCGGUGGUGAUCGUGCGCCUGUGGCGGCCUCGGCCACGGAGGUCCCAUACUUCCAUGGCCCGGCCUCGUCGUCCAACAGGACCGGGUCAACUGCCUUUGACCCUGCCGACCCCUUGAACUAUGGUCGCAUGCGGAAAGACGAUGUCUCCAAGGCUCAGAUGAAGAAGGAGCACCCCACGGGGAACAAGAGGAAGCUUAGGAAGUACUACACACGGCAGAACGAGCUCAUUGACCAGUUUCUGGGCGCUGGUGAUGAGGAACGGGCCGGUAUCGCCGAGGAAGUCAAGAUGGGACCCAAGAUCCGCUUCGCCGUCAACGCUUCUUUCGGUGUCAACUUUUGCCUCUUUGUUAUCCAGCUGUAUGCGGCUGUGUCGACGGGGUCGCUAUCGCUGUUCGCUACCGCAGCUGAUGCCUUCAUGGACCUGGUGUCUUCCUUCGUAAUGUGGACGACGUCGAGAAUGGCUGCCCGUCCCAGUAUAUACAAGUACCCUGUGGGGCGGACCAGAAUUGAGACAAUAGGCAUCAUCUUGUUCUGCGCCCUGAUGACUACUGUUGCCAUCCAGCUGUUGGUCGAGUCCGGAAGGUCUCUUGGGGAAGGGCCGCAAGAGUCCAAGCAACUUCAGAUCGUUCCGCUUGUCUGCGUGGCUUGUGCAAUUGGUGCCAAGUCGACUUUGAUGGUCUACUGCUUCUUCUUGCGGAAGUACCCCUCGGUCCACGUCUUUUUCAUCGACCACCGCAACGACAUUGUCGUCAACAUUUUCGGCCUGAUCAUGUCCAUCGUCGGUGACCGAUUCGUGUGGUAUCUUGAUCCCAUCGGCGCCAUCUGCAUUGCGUUGUUGAUCUUGUUCUCGUGGGUGUCCAAUGCCUUCGAGCAGGUGUGGCUCUUGGUCGGAAAGGGGGCUCCCAAAGAGUUCAUCUCCAAGCUCGUUUACAUGACCAUAACCCAUGAUGAAAGGAUCCUCAAGGUGGAUACUUGCCGCGCCUACCACGCUGGCCAGAAGUAUUACGUCGAGGUUGAUGUCGUCAUGGAUGAGAAGACACCACUCAAGGUUUCCCAUGAUGUCAAUCAGGAACUCCAGCGCAAGUUAGAAGGGCUGCAAGACGUCGAGCGGGCCUUUGUCCACGUCGACUACGAGCAUGAACACGACAUCGAUCAGGAGCACAAGCCGCUCUACGAACCGAGGAAGCCGCGACGCACCCUGAAGGAGGUGCUCCUCUCGUUCAGGAAACAAACUAAGAAGGGAGAAACCGAGGCUCCCAGCGGUGGCGUAUUGGGUGGCAGCACAUCAUGACAAUGAUAAAAGGUCGGAAGACGGGCAUUGGAGUUUGAAGGGCUGUGUGUUGCAGGUGGUUUCGUUUCUGAUCCCCAUGCAUAUAAGACGUAUGUGGCGCCUUUUCAUAUAGAGGGAACCGCUCCUCUGUGUUGCACUGAAGCCCUGGUGAAAGGCGGGUGUGCCGCAGUGUUACAGUGGGAAGUUUGGAUACUGGGCAGCAUUUGAUUUUGUGUGAUACCAACGCUCGCUGCAUGUGCGGGAUGGACGACCAAAAAGAAGACGGAACAUUGGAACGCAUAGACGGCCCCGGGGGCAGCCACAUUAUAUGUUGG